CACUUGACAGUGAGUCAUGACAAUUUACUUGACUUUUUAUCAAACAGUGGCGUAAAAUUGGUUUUAAUUAUAAUUAAUCAAAUCAGCCCGAGAUAUAGUACACAGUGGCGUAAAAAAUUAAAUAACAUUGAAUAAAUGCAAUGUAAAAUCAGCUUCCAUGUAACUGAAAUUUGAAAAUAUUACUUUUACUUUGACUAUUAGGAUUAACAGCUCAUAAGUAGUACGUUCAUAACAAUGGGAAUUUUCGGAACUUCAUCACCGUUUGAUCAGGAUGUGGAGAGGGCGACUAGCGAAAAUAAUACAAGUGAGGAAUGGGGUCUGAUCUUGGAAAUAUGCGACCGCGCGGGCGCUAACGCCAACAACGCGCGCGACUGCCUGCGCGCCGUCCUGCGGCGCCUCGGGCACGCCGACCCGCACGUGCAGAUGCACGCCGCCACGCUACUCGACGCCUGCGUCUCCAACUGCGGCCGUCUCUUUCAUCUCGAGGUAGCAUCGCGCGACUUCGAAGCCGAAUUCCGCCGUCUGGUGGCGCGAGCGCAGCCCACAGUCGCGCAAAAACUACGCGCGAUGCUCCGCAAGUGGGCCGAGGGAGAGUUCCGAAGCGAUCCACAGCUGGAUCUCAUUCCCUCGCUACAUGCAAAACUAUGCACCGAAGCCGGCGAGAGACCGACCACUGCUCCCGUGGCCGCCGCCGACGCUCAGGCCGCGAGCGCCGCGGAGAAGCGCGAGCAAGAGGAGCUGGCGCGCGCCAUCGCGCUGUCGCUGCGCGAGACGGCGGCGGCGGCGGGCGCGGGGGGCGCGGCGGGCGCGGGCGGCGCGGGGGGCGCGCUGUACCCGCGCGUGGACGCCGACGCGCCGGCGCCCGCGCCGCCCGCGCGGAAAGUACGUGCGCUUUACGACUUCGAGGCUGCAGAAGACAACGAGUUGACUUUCCUCGCCGGCGAGAUCGUUCACGUGACGGACUCGAGCGACCCGAACUGGUGGAAAGGCUACAACGAACGCGGGGAGGGGCUAUUUCCCGCCAACUUCGUCACCUACGAUCUCACCGAACCGAGAACCGAGAGCGAGAGCCGCAGCGGCGGCGCGGAGAAGCGCGUGCAGUUCGCGGCCGAGGCGGAGCCGGCGCCGCGCAUCGACGAGGCGCUCAUGGACGAGGCGCUGGCGCUGCUGCACGAGGCGGACCCGGCGGGCGAGGCGGGCGAGGCGGGCGCGGAGGGCGAGGCGGCGCGGCUGGAGGCGCGCGUGCACGCCAUGGGGCCGCUCGUGGACGCGGCGCUGGAGCGCGCCGACCGCCGCCACGCGCGCCUCACGCAGCUCAGCGCCGACCUGGUGGACGCGCUCAACCUCUACCACGAGCUCAUGCGCGACCCCAAGCCGCUCUACGCGCCGCACGCCUUCGCGCCCGCCGCGCUGCCCGUCGGCGCCCUGCCCCACGGUGCGCUGCCCCACGGUGCGCUGCCCGUCGGCGCUCUGCCCCCCGGCGCUCUGCCCCCCGGCGCCCUGCCCCCCGGCGCGCUGCCCCCCGGCGCGAUGCCGCUCGGCGCUCUGCCGCCACAAAUGUCGCACCAGUCUCAGCCACCCAGGUGCUGAUCGCGAGCUGGAGAUGAGUUCUUCGAGCUGUAAAUAAAUUCUUCAUUCCUUCAAAUUCUAAAUAUAAACUAUUGUGAUUGAUGCGUAUGUACCUAGUAUAUUAAUAUAUAAAUUAUUUACAAAAA